AUGGCUAACAAGAUAAUAAAUACCGAGUUGCAUAUCCGAUUUUCAGAGAAGAAUUUUUCUGAUUUGAUCAUUCCUGUUGACAGCAACGAUGAUUUACUCAAGAUCAACAACGGGUUUCUAAGGAAAUUGGUAAGGGACCACGAUCCACAAUUACACAAGAAGACAUUCAAUAAGCGACUCAAGUUCAUCUAUAAUGGGAGACCAAUUACCGACUCGACAAAUUUUCAAGAAUCAUUAUCAAAAUUCACGCGGUUGGUAGGGUUAGAAGAAAGUGAUGAUGAUGAUGAUGAUGAUGAAGAAGAGAGCACAACAUUAUUGAGUAAAUCAAAAGGCAAAGAGAAUUUACCUCCUACUGUUAAGGAUCCUAGAAUAAAAGUACACAAAAUAUUUAUUCAUUGUCUUAUAGGUGACGCAUUAUCACCUGAAGAAUUACAGCAAGAGGAUCAAUUGGAUAGCAAACAUCAACUUCCCUCAACCACCCCUGCACCAAUCGGAUUUGAUAGAUUAUUGAACGCUGGUUUUUCCGAGACCGAAGUGGCGGAAUUGAGACAACAAUUUCAAUCGAUAUACGGAUCAACUUUAAAUCUGAAUAUUGCCAACGAUUUAGACGAUGAGUUUGACGACGAUGAGAAUGAUGAUGAGGAGGAGGAGGAGGAGGAGGAAGAUAAAGUAGAACAAGAACAAGAAGAACAAGGAACAAAUGAAAAUAUUGACGGAACAACUGGGACUAGCGUGGCGCACCUACAACAACAAAUGGGAGAAACAGAUAUCAGGCAAUUAGAAGAGCGGUGGAUUGAAAGUUCCGCCAACGACCCUUCGGGAUUAACAACUGUCAAUUCAAGAGGGUUAUUUGGAUUAGGGCUUGCAGAGCAAGGGGAUACCAAUAAUCGGGAUUUGCUAGUCGGGGUUCUAAUAGGAGCGAUUUUUGGAAUCUUAUCGUUAUUACUUUUGAAAGAAGAGUUUAGGAUUUUUAAUAAACGAACAAGAAUGGCAAUGGUUGCUGGGGUUCUUAUUAAUUUCAGUUUUGCAAUCGUCAAACAAUGGAGUUGA